CCUGGAUGCCCGCUACCAAACACGUGACUACUUGACCGCUCAGCACCACGACGCGCUGCGACCCGCUCCCUGGUGUGGCAUUUCCUCUCUUCCGACUGUGCCCCAUCUACGUAUCCUUGUGAAGCUCAGCGCCCGUUGCGAGGGCUCAUUCGCUGCGUCGCUUCUGUCAGGCGCGAAUGUGAGGGCUCUAAUUCGCAUGCCGCUCUAGCCCAAUUGCAUCCCCUCCCUGAGCCGUCAGACGAGAGGAGCCUCUGCACCCAGGAGUCCACCGCGCUCCCACAGCAGACCGCCCGCUGCUCGCCCGCUGCUGUCGCUCCCCGUACCGCGCGCCGCAGAGGGAAGGCGCGCCCGAAGUCACAGCGACAGCGCGACGUUGCUGCCUUCCCAUCCCCGCCCUGACGAGACGGAAGCACCGCGCCUGCCGCCGCCACCAUGAAUGGGUACAGUGGCACCAUCACGCCGGGGGGCAUGUACGUCAAGGCGCUCUAUGACUACGAUGCCGACGACCGCACGAGCUUGAGCUUCCGCCAGGGCGAUAUUAUCCAGGUCAUCACGCAGCUGGAGAGCGGAUGGUGGGACGGCGUGAUCAACGGUGUGCGCGGCUGGUUCCCCAGUAAUUACUGCACCGUCGUGCAGCGGCCGACAGAGAGCGCCGAGGACGACAGGAACGGCCUGGAGCCGCCCGACGACCACGACACGCAGUCGCUCGGCAGCACCGACUACACCAACUCCGACACCGAGUCCGUCGGCGCCAACGACACACUCCUGCCCAUCGAACGCCACGCCGACCACAACAAUGCCAGCAGCAAAGAAGAGGAGGCCGCGUUCUGGAUCCCCCAGGCGACGCCCGACGGCCGCCUGUUCUACUUCAACACCCUGACAGGGGUUAGCACCAUGGAACUGCCCCUGGAGUCGCCGGCCGCCAACGAAAGCGGGCCGCGCGACCGCACCAACGUCUUCAUACCCGACUCGUCGCGCCCGCCCGCCGAGCUGCUUGCCUCUGGGACCAUGUACGACACCGACGAUGAUACGUCUGCCUCCGACUUGGAGGGACCCGGCAACAAGAGCUCAUAUGGGCGGAAGCGCCUGUCUGAUGGAGUCUCGCCGGCGACUUCUAUGGAGUCCAUGAACCAGGGCCUAGCCCCACGGUCGUACGAUGCGAAUGGCACAAGCUUUUCAGGCGCCGCCAUACCCCCAAUCGGUACCACAGCCACCUCGUUCGCGAAUAGCCCUACCAAUGGAGGGUCUUCGGCUUCUGCGCAGUCACGCAAGUUCUACGAUGACGUGAACCCAGUGCCUCUGACAUGGAAUAGAAUGGUAGAAGACAUGCGCCGCGCUGUGGAGCGCUACCGGCAGGCCAUCAACAACAGCGAUAGAUCUGAAUUUGUCAAAAGGGCCGAGGACAUAUCCGACCACUUGCGACUCCUACUCGCUGCAGGCUCUGGAACCACCGACAACCAUUCUGGGAACCCGUCCAUCAUAUCAACCAACAAGGCCCUUUAUCCGCAUUUCCGAGAGACCAUGUCCAGAUUCUCCAAAUUGGUCCUCUCUUCACACAUCGCUGCGUCCGAUUUCCCACCGCCAGACUCGUACUCAAAGUGCUUGAAAGAGGCCGACGGUGUUUUGAACGGAGUCUAUGGCUUUGUCGAGGUAGCUCGCCAACAGCGUGGGGAAGAAAUUCCCCGCUUAGUGCCCGGCUUCAUUGUCGGUAGCAACAUCGGUGGAAACUGGCAUAACAAUGGAUUGGAUCCGCGCGACAACAACGGGACUUCAUCGUUCAUGGACGAUGAGUUUGAACCAUCUGUCGAGCCCACUGUGAAGCUAGAUUCUCGCGUUCUCGAACGGUUGGAGGACAUCAAACGGCUUAUCGUAUCUGCUGUCCGCCGAUUGGAUGAACAAUGUGUGGUACGCGACAAGGUUGUUUCACGCCAAAAGCAUCAGAUGAUCGGUGAUCAUAUUUGCACAGCUGGUGGGAAGGUUCUGGAAGUGUGCCGGCCAUGGUUGUCUACAGUCGAAUCAAUCAACAUCUCUUCGAUUAACGCGACUCUGCAGGAACAGCAGCUGAGCGAGUUCAGUAUUCAGAAGCAAAAGGUCUACGAUGUGGCUUCAGAGCUGGUGAUAGUGUGUCAGGGAGUUGCAGCACCGUUGAGCGACGAGUGGGCCGAACUGCGUGGAGACUCCCUCGACGAUCGAAUCAACGCCGUUCGAGCUGUGUCUCGCGACCUAGAAGCCACUGUUGCCCAGCAGUAUGGACUCUUGCAGAAUCUGUUCACCGACACUGACUCUGAGCUCGCGACUUCGCAUGCUCGAGGGCCUUCGGCGACACUAAGACCAUUGCUGAAAGAUGUCCCCCAAUCGAAGACAUACAGUGAAGGCACUGCACUAGACGAGAAGAUCGACUCAAUACAACCUCCAAGGAAUAACAAGAAGCUAAAGGACUUCUUUGGAGAAGUACCUGUCAUCCCACAAACAGCUGUCGAAGAGAUUCCAGAGUACCUGAAACUCGACCACGAAGGAGAAAUCUCCUACGAUCAUAAAGUCACCCCACCACAAUUACGCGGUGGAACGCUGGCUGGCCUCGUGGAACAGCUUACGCGCCACGAUCGUCUUGACCCAGCAUUCAACAACACAUUCCUUCUCACGUAUCGAUCGUUUACUACAGCUUCUGAGCUGUUCGAAAUGCUUGUCAAGAGGUGGAGUAUACAGCCGCCACAUGGCCUAGCUAAAGAAGACUACCAGACCUGGGUAGACAAGAAGCAGAAGCCUAUCCGUUUUCGUGUAGUGAACAUUCUCAAGAGUUGGUUCGACAACUACUGGAUGGAGGGUAACGACGAAGAGGCGCGGAUAUUGAUACAAAGAGUGUACAACUUCGCUAAGGACCAUGUUGCGACGACUAGCACACCUGGUGCCCACCCCCUAAUGACGUCUGUCGAGCAGCGUUCUCGUGGCCCAGACAUGCCAACAAAACGCCUCGUACUCACGCUUAGCGCCCAGACCCCACAGCCGAUUCUGCCAAAGCACAUGAAGAAGCUGAAAUUCCUGGACAUCGAUGCUACGGAGUUCGCACGCCAGCUGACCAUUAUCGAAUCAAAGCUCUACGGAAAGAUCCGACCAACAGAGUGUUUGAACAAAACAUGGCAGAAGAAACUGGCGCCGGGCGAACCGGAUCCCGCCGCGAAUGUUAAGGCAUUGAUUCUCCACUCUAACCAGUUGACAAACUGGGUGGCUCAGAUGAUUUUGACACAGCAGGACGUCAAACGCAGAGUGAUAGUUAUCAAGCACUUUGUCAAUGUCGCUGAUAAAUGUCGAUCACUGAAUAACUUCUCGACCUUGACGUCGAUCAUCUCUGCACUGGGGACUGCCCCAAUUCACCGACUGAACCGAACAUGGAGUGCUGUAAACCAACGGUCGAUGGGUGUCCUGGAGAGCAUGCGUAAGCUCAUGGGCAGCACUAGAAACUUUGCAGAGUACCGAGAUACACUUCACAGGGCGAACCCACCUUGUAUACCUUUCUUCGGCGUCUAUCUCACGGAUUUGACAUUCAUCGAGGACGGUAUUCCUUCACUGAUCAAGAAGACGAACCUGAUCAAUUUUGCCAAGCGCGCGAAAACUGCCGAGGUGAUCCGCGAUAUUCAGCAGUACCAAAACGUGCCGUACCCACUGCAGCCUGUGCCCGAUCUGCAAGAUUACAUUUUGACAAAUAUGCAAUCCGCAGGCGAUGUACAUGAAAUGUACGAGAUGAGCUUAUCCGUUGAGCCGCGGGAGCGCGAAGACGAGAAGAUUGCAAGACUUCUCUCUGAGUCUGGAUUCUUGUGAUGAUACCCCACGAAGCGUUUGAUCUAUCGAUCUUGGAUGAUGGCGAUGGCGUUGGGUCACAUUUUGGCUUCGAUAUUCAAUGGAGGCGCUCGUGUCUGGCGCGCAGGCGAAGAUUAGUCAGUACCAUUGUUGCAUUUUUGGCACUGGAAAACGAAGCACCCAUGGCGCGCUUGUCUCUUUAAUCGAUAGCGAUAUUAUUUCUGGUCGAUGCAUCGAUAUUUACGAGGCUGCCUCGACGCUGAUCAUUGAGUUUGAUGUGCGUGACGGCGGCUGGCGGUGUGCGCAAAUGAACCGCCUCGUGAUGGGGUUUUAAGGGACUUUUCGAUGUGGGCUCUCUACGCCUCUCGUAUUUGCUGUCGGAGAGCAUGAGACCAAUCAUGGCCUGCCUGAGGCUUGGACGAAUGGCAACCGUGUAUCCUAAUUUCUCCAUGCUCGUUGCGUAAAGCUGCCGUUGCCAAGGUC